ACAUGGCUGACUGCAUUUCCCGGCAACCCCCUUCACGCAAGCGCAGUACUCGUUGGCUGGCAGUGGUAAACAGACGUCAGAAGGGAGUCUUCGCCUCGAGUCAAAACAAAACAAAACAAGAUAGAUACGAUGAAUGACUCUUUCAUUUUCAGCAUUAACUAUACAGUGGGAAGGAUUGAACAAUAACUACGAUGGGAAACCGGAUUCCUUGAGGAAAGCUGCUUUCUUUCACUUCUGCGGAGGGAUUUUAACUCAUAAAUUACUGGAGGAGUUGGCUAACUAGGUGGCCGUCUACUUUCUCCCCACGUUAAAACUAUGAUUGCGAGUUUUGUCGGGGUAGUCGAGUUGCCGACGGCUGAAUUCAAGAUGUGGGACUGAACGCUUUUACUUUCGAAAGUGUACGACGAACCUGAUUUCUGCUGGAAAUACGAAGUCUUGGAGGGACUUGUUCGGCGUAGUCGUGCCCGCGCGAGCAUCGUGUGUAGUAACGUCUGGAGAAACAUGGCAGAUGGUGACACGCGCCUGCACAUACGGCGUGUGGAAGCGUGCAAACUUCAACUUCAACUUCAGCUUCAACUACAAUAAUACGGACUGAGAGAUAUUUUUCGUCUGGGAUCAGACCUAUGAAUCGCCAGUGACCGUCGGGACUGUGACAUCUGUUAUAUAUUCGCUUUUUAAAGGCUAUGCUAUUAGUUGCUUAGCAAGGCGCGCACAACAUAUACACACAGGCGCAUGGUUAGUUAUUUUAUUCGCUUUUUGGCGAGUACCAACGUGAAAGCAUCGGCAUAAAGGCUCAGUUCUGACAUUUCUAUUGAUAUUUCAAAUAAUACCUUAAAUUGAUAUUUUAAUUAAAGAUUGGACUUCAGAGUAGACUGACAAACGGUCGGUUGGUUUUGAUGCACACCCUAAUAGUUCGCAAACAAAUAGUUUACAUUUACUUGGAAAAACUUUUUAAAGGCCAAUAGACAGUGUUUUGUAUUAAACAGCGGGCUUUUGCAUCCUUAGAUUAUUGAAAACAGUAGAUUAUUUCAAGGGUUGUUAUAAAACUUGUCUUUUAUCACUAUAUAUUGAACAUCUUUCAGGUAAAUGCCCUUUUCUAUAGAUUAAGAAUUGAACAUAUUGCUAUAUCAAGUAGUCUAUUCGCUGCUACAAAUGACAAGUGUGGAAGGUAAUCCUUUGAGUUAUUGCCGUGUGUGCAAGUGGGAAUUUAUUAUAUAGUGUGGCUAAUUAAUUAUUGCUUCCACAUAUAUUUUUUCUUCAUUAUAUGAGUUUAACAUUUUAUUUCCCUGGUAUAAGCUCUGCUGAUGGUUGAGUCUUGUACAGUUAUAGUUCAGAUCACCCUGACACUCAUGUCUUGGUGAAGGGAUGACUUAGUCUCAUUUUUUAUAUAACACUUUCUGAUAGCAAUCCAGAUGUUUCUGUGUAUUCUAGUAGUUUUAUGGUUUAGAAUACUAUAUGAUUUUCCUUUGUUCUUUUAUGUAAACAGAGACCCAUUUCUUUCCUCUUUCCCUCUGUGGAAAUUGAAGGUUUAUGAUAGUUUCUAUUAAGGAGAUUAUUUGGCCCUUUUAAUCUCCAAUCUGAGGAUUAACUGACGCUAUAUUGGUGUGUCCAGAUUAUGUCCCUGCGCCAUCAACCACUCUCCUAGUGGUUGGGGAACAAAAAAAGGCUGUUUGAAAUUUUUCAUAACUAGUCUAGCAACAAGUAUCUAAAUUACUGGUAUAAUUUAGAGAUCACUGCUGCAUCUCUGUCACAAACCCAAACUUUAAAUGAACAAUCUAGCUAGAAUAGGCUUGUUAAGUGAAUGAUAAACUAAUAUCUUUUGAUCUAUAGAUCUGUUGUAAUAUUUUACUUAAAAAUAGCACCACGUGCUUAGCAGUUAACCAGUAUUGUCAGGCUCUCCCUUGAAAUUCUCCUGAAUACACAUAACAAUGGAGGCAGACAGCGUACCCCCGAUUGACCCAGAUUUUGAGCCACAGAGCAGACCGAGGUCAUGCACAUGGCCCUUGCCUAGACCCGACAUCUCAGCUGUCAAAGCAGAGGGGACAGACGGCACUGAGUCUGCUGCUGGAACCCCACCUGCUGAUGAAGAUAAACAGGAGCCCCAACAAAUCACAUCUGAACCCGAAAAGGUUGCUGUCUCGGAGGGAGGAGUGGUAGCUGGAGUGGGUGGGGCCACGCCAAGAAAGGGCUCAUCUCGACGCAAUGCUUGGGGGAAUCAAUCCUACGCUGAUCUGAUAAGCCAGGCGAUUGAGAACUCACCAGAGAAACGACUCACUCUGGCACAGAUCUAUGACUGGAUGGUUAAAACUGUGCCGUAUUUUAAGGAUAAAGGAGACAGCAACAGUUCUGCUGGAUGGAAGAACUCAAUUCGUCACAAUUUGUCCCUCCACAACAAGUUUUUGAGAGUGCACAAUGAAUCUACAGGAAAGAGCUCUUGGUGGAUGCUUAAUCCUGAAGGGGGGAAAACUGGGAAAGCCCCUCGUCGCCGUGCUGCCUCCAUGGACAAUAGCACUAAAUUGCUGAAAAGCCGUAUGCGGGCAAAGCAGACCAAAAAGCAGGCAGGAGCUGGUGGUGCCAUACAGGCUGAGGGCGCCUCUGGUGCAGGGGGUGCCGACAGUCCUGGUCCUCCAUCUCAGUUUGGAAAGUGGGGGGUGAACAAUAGUAGUCCAUCAUCCCGAGGAAGCUUGGAUGACCAAGACAUGUGGACAAGCUUCAGGCCACGUACCAGCUCCAACGCCAGCACUCUGAGUGGAAGGCUUUCACCAAUUGCCCCAGGACAAGAAGAUGAAGAUGACUUGCCUGAGGAUGGUCGUCUGAGUGGCUAUCCCCCUGGCAGUCUUCCACCUACACUUACCGAGACCCUCAUGGAAGAACUGGACCUAAUUGACGGACUUACCUUAAUGACAGCGCAGCAAGGUGGUGCAAGCCCAAGCACAGCCCCACAAGCUCCACCUACACCACUUCCCUCUGCAUCUACCUUGCUGCCUCGUGGGUCUAACUUUCCCUCUUAUCGUCAGAUACAGCCAGUAAAGGGACCUCAGGGACCAACCCAGCCAGGGUCACAGAAUUCAGUUCAGCAGGGAGGAAGCGCCAACACAAGCCCAUCAAACUUUGGAAAUUCACUGUUUAACCCACUGCCAGGGUCUGGAUCUCGAAGUGGCUUCACUACUCAUGUGCCCUCCAGUCUUGAGGCGUUACUCACUUCGGACUCGCCCCCACCAAAUGAUGUCAUGAUGACUCAGGUGGAUCCUCUGAUGCCCAGUCAGGGAAGUGCUAAUCUGUUGGGUCUUGGGGGCCCCAUAUCUAGCAGCCAAGGCAAGCCUGGUCAAAUGAUGUUGGGCAAAAGUAUGGAACCCAGCCCAGUAGGGCAAAUGGCCCUUCAGCCUCAAUCCCAGUUACAGCCACAGCAGCAGCACUCUCAAAUGGGCUUUGGCAUGCUGCUAUCAGGCAUGGGCCAGGAACCACCACAGCUAACAGCCAUGAAGACUCCGCAUCAGUUGCCAGGUGAAGGGCUACUUCAGCAUGGAUCUGUUCCUUCAGAAAGUGGGAAUGGCGGUCUUCAGGGAAUAAGCCAGUUUGGUACACCAGCUUGCUUUUUGCCCUCUCAGGACCGUCUCCCCACAGACUUGGAUAUUGACAUGUUCACAGAGAACUUAGACUGUGAUGUUGAUUACAUCAUCAACAGUGAUCUUAUGGAUGGAGAUGCAAUUGACUUCAACUUUGAUCCUAUUGUACCAGCUGCGCAAAGUUAUCCUGGGCCAUCAACCCCGCAGAGCUCGUCUCACAACUGGGUGCCCAGCUAACUCUGUUAAAGAUAGGAGUAGGUAAGGAAAGCCCUUCAUCCCUAACAAAGUAACAAAAUGAUGGAAACCCAUGUGGUGCAUUAGCUAAAAUGUUACCCCUUCAGGGAAAAUUUUGCCCCCACAUUUGCCAUUGUACCUCAAAUGCAUUAAUUAUUUUGGUUUAAGAAACAAACCGACUUGGUUUUUUGGGGUGUGGGAAUGGGGGAAGAGGGAGUGUUUUAUUCAAGUGCCAAUAUAGAUGAGGACAUGGGCUAUUGGACACAUAGAUUCCCAAAUGUCUUGAAUUUUUUUUUUUUCACACAAUAUUUGCAAGGGUUUUUCAGAGUUGCUGUUUUUUGGAUGACAGAGUUGUUGAAGAGGCAAAAUAAGACAGUAGUGAAGAAGCACAACUAAUAAACUAUUAAUCAUGUUUAUUACAGUACUGCCUUCUACUAAUACCAAAAUAGCACAGGACUGAGAUGGUACUCCUCUUCCUUGAGCUAAAGGCAAAACUAACUUGGCCAGGGGGAAUCAAACUUUGCAGGUGAAAAAGAAUGGAGUAUCAAAAUCAAAUAAUGCUGCAUUGAUCACGUCAGUGGAUUGGUGGAUCGGGUGCAUGACCCAGCUCACUUGUCUACUGUGACCACCUCCUGAAGGCAGCAUUACAUCACAGAAACACUGU